AUGGCCACUGACGCGACCGGCAAGGAUCAUGCGCUCCCUCAUAAUGGCGGGGAGAAAAAUUACCUCGAGUUUCUGUUUCCGAGGCCCAGACGUCUCAUUACCUCGAUUUACGCGGCCAACGCUGUUUUGCUCGCUUACGCAGCGGGGAACUCCCUCGUUUUUGCCGAGUACGCUUUGAAGGCCGUGGCACCGCACCUGCUUGACGCCCCGUCACCGCCUCCGGGAAAGGCUGUUAGUUGGUUAACGCCGUCUCCUGUGCGACUAGUUGCCUUUUCCUGCCUAUCUGGGGCCAUGCUACUUCACGGCCUCCACGUUUCUGCGGGACUGCGCCUACAGAACGUUUUGGGCAUUUCUAAAAUAGGGAUCCUUUGUGUUGUAGUCGCCACAGGUGCUGUUGCAGCCACCGGGAGGCUCGCGGAAGGCGUGGAACAUCCCGACAACUUUGAUUCAUGGAGUAAGAUUUGGGAAGGUUCGCGAUGGGGAGGGUCCGUAAUCAACGCUAACUAUGCCUUGUCGGAAAUGCGACGACCAGAGCGCACUUUGCGGAUUGCCGGGCCAAUCGCGAUCGGCGUUGUUACGGUGUUUUACCUCGCUGCCAAUCUGGCGUAUUUCUCUGCUGCCAGCAAAGACGCGAUCACUGGUUCCGGCCGGCUGGUUGCAGCGCUUUUAUUCAAAAACGUCUGGGGACCAAGAACUGAGAGAAUUCUCUCGGGAUUUGUUGCACUAUCGGCGCUCGGAAACGUGCUUUCAGUCAUUUCCAAUUCGGGACCAGUCAUUCUCGCAGGGUCGAGUGAACCAAUCAUUGGGGAAAGAAGGAAUCCUGUUCUUCAGCAAGGUCUGGGCUUCGGAAUGGCCAAGAAAGGCUCCUCUGGCGGGGCUGGCGCUACCAUCGUUGUUUUUGCACUGCCAGCUGGGGAUGCGUACAAUUUCGUAUUGAACGUUAUAUCGUACCCUUUAGCUGUUAUUAACUGCGUGAUCUCGUUUGGACUCGUGUGGACUCUCCUCCCAGCCACAUACACGUCGGGUGUUACCAGAAAGAUCGCAUCGCAUUCAACAAUCCUCGCUUCCUUUCUUUCCGCACCACCCAGCGACCCAGACCCACAACCAUCGAACGAUGUUGUAUUCCCUCGCCCCACCCCGUCUCUAGUCCUUAGCGCCCUAUUCUUCGGCUUCGCAAACGUGUUUCUGUUCGUACUUCCGUUCUUCAAGCCUCCAAAUGGUGCCGAACCCUACCAGCAUUUACCUUACUGGACGCAUGCCGCGGGCGGAUGGUCCGUGUUCCUGGUUGGUUUCGCCUGGUGGUACUUCCAGACCAGGAACUACACCUCUUGA